CGAAGCGAUAAAAUGGAGCCAGAGGAGAGUUCAGCGUCCUCAGUUGACAGGAAUACCCGUCUGCGCCGUUGGCUGGCUGAGCUGCCGAGUCAGGGCCAGGGGAAUGAGCUGCUGGCGCCCGACGUGUCGCCGCCUGACGAACAGGAGUGGGACGGGCACCUGGCUGCUUUGCAAAGCGAGCUGCAGACCCUACACAUUGAGCAUUUCAUCAGACACACUGAGAUUAGGUGAGGAAACGAAGAGAAACGGGAUGAACAGGCAGGGGGCAGUGCACCAUAGACGGUGGCCUUUGUCUCUCGUGCGCAGGCAUUUUGGCUUUGACGACGCUUCGAGUGGGAUUGUGGAGUACGUGAGACAGAUACUUGACGACCAGGUGAACAGGGAAAGCCGCAAUUGUCAUCCCCAUCCGUGUGAGUACCAUUCUCUGUUGUGUUUUGAUUGUGUCAGGCCGCCGUGCUGGAGACGGAGCUGCAGAUGCUCCUCCAUCAGGUGCAGACACAAACUGCCACAUCAGACGGAGAGAGACAGACAGCAACAAUUCUGCCGUCCAUUUCAUGAUUUCGUGGCUGAUGGAUGCAGCGUGAGAUCCUAUGUGCUCAGCUCAGGGCCAUCGCAACGCUGUCUGUGGGCACCACAGUGUCCUCGCUGGUAUGUCAGCUGGGAUGCGCCGCAUGAGUGAAUGGCGGUCUAUUUGUUGUGCCUUCGCGCAUGCAGGCCCUUCAGGAGCUGAUGGGUGAAUGGGAGGCGCUGCAGAGACGGACGAGUGAGGCGCCGGCCGAGCGGCGCCGUCAGGAGCCGAACCUACGCUCUGUCAAAGUGGGUAAGAUUGCUGUGCUGUAGUGCUGGCAUUCCGGCUCUUCUUCCGCAUGUCUGUGUGAUGUCGUGUUGCCGGCAGAUGCCAUUCUCGUCUGUCACGACCUCCUGCUGCAGGUUCGUGAGUGAGCGCGAGACACGAAGGACGAGUAUGGAUGAUGUCUUUUGUGUCUGUCCAGAUAUUGCGUGCGGAUAAACUGAUGGGCGAGGGGCUUGCGGGUCUCAUUACGGCCAAGGAAGAGCUGAAAGCAGCCAUGAGAAUACUCAACCACAGAGUACUUACUUCUGUACACAGAAUGAAUGACAGCCAGCAAUCCUUGUGUGCAACUCGUGUGUCUCUUUCCUCCCCUCUCUCUCAGGGUGACAUAUUCUCCAAGCGCCGUCUGUGUCGCGUCGGCGGCAUUCCCCUAUUCCAGCUGGAGUUCUGGGAGCAGCAGCAACUCGACACUACCAAGGCGGCUCCCUCAUCUGACAAGCGGCCGUCCUUCCCCCCUCCCGCUCCAUCGGGCAGCGGCCAACUGGCUCUCGAAGGCAUCGCACCCGUCUGGCCGGCACCAUUUGUUGAACAGGUGAGUGCGUGAGACACACACAGGACCUCUCGAUCCGCGAAUGGAUCUGUGGUGUUUUGUCGUCGUGUUGUGUUGUAUGUUGAAGAGGGUGGCGGUGAACAAUUUGGAUGCGCAUUACUAUCAGCUGCGGUAUGAGAAUGCGAUCCUCAAGACCCACCUUGAGAUCGAGCAGUGUGCCGCGGAGGAGCGGAAGAUGGUCCAUGAUUUGUUCCUCAAGAGCACACAGGAAAUCACCAGGUCAGCGAGACACAUGAUACACACGCAGGCGCUAUGUGAAUGUCGAUGUCUCCACUUAUCAUCAUGGCCGCAGGACGCAUGCCGUCGGCACUCGUGAGAGAGCGCUGCGAUGUCUGUCUCAGUGGAAGGCCUUCUGCCAGACAGAGAGGCCCCUCCCACGCAUCGUCAAUGCACUCUUCACCGAACAGGACAGAAAGGUGGCCGCAGGACCGACACACACAACAGAGACCCACCCACACACCUUGUUUGUGUGCCUCGAGGCACUCUGCAUGUGUUGAUCGGCAGGAUGUGGCUGAGAGGGAGCCCCCCGCUCCUCAUCACUUCAGUGGCUACACGGAUGAGGAUGAGCAGCCCGUGCAGACCACUGAUCCCAGCGAGUCGUGGGGGCAUUUGCUGCCCGCACUCGAGAGGUGGACGCCCGUCUCUCAGACAGAUACGUAGGAGGAAUGCAC